AGCAGAACGUGAAGAACUGCGAUUUUUGUGCUGUUGUUUUCUUCUUUAUUUCAGUGUAGUGUGAGUAAAAGAGAUGGAUCAAGUGCGAGCUUACAGACAUGGUGUCCGGCUGGGGAACUGGAGAGAGGACGCGACUCUAGAGGAGGAAGCUCUGAGAGAGUUUCUCCAGAGGAAGGACAGAGGAGAGCUCACUGUACAAAAGACAGGUGUCCUGAGACAAACCCUGCUCCAACAUGUGAGUUUUUCCGUGUCUCCAGACGGAUUCUUGCGUUUCGGAGACACGAUCAUGCUGUUUAACACCAGAAGCAUGGAUCGUGGCCCCUGUGACCCCUGUGUCCUCAGCAUCAUCGCUGACCUCAGCAAUAUCGCACAUGUGAAGACAAACUCCAAGCCGUUCCUACAGGGCCCCUGUCAGGUGGGCGGUGCCAGCAGCAUCCAGCCGUGUGUAAGGAACACGUUUAUAAUCACCAGUGUGGACGAGUCUGAAGAUGGAGACCUUCUCAGAUACGAGCAAAACUUUGCCCUCAGGACGACUCCAGACUUCGGGGAAGAGCUUUACCUGUCCAGUGACAACAGAACCUUCCAGAAAUUUGCUAAGAAAUCUAAGCUACAGGAAGUGAGCUUAGUGAAGCAAAAGGACUUCCUGUGCUGUUGGAGGCUGCUUUAUUUUGAUCCAGAGGAACGACUUGAAAAUGAAGGCUUCCCUGUGCAGGUGAACACUAAGUUGUUGCUGUCUCACUGUAAAACUAACCAGUGUCUCGCUGCUCUACCUGAACACACACUCUGGACCAUGUUUGGGAAAGAGUCUGAGAUCACGGCUCACACCUUCCUGGAUUCCCAUAAAGCUGAGAAGGAGUGUAAUCACUGGAUGUUCAUGACGUCUGAUCUGAGAAAAGAGGAACCGGGCAGGAACCCAGCAGAAAGCACCAACAGACCUGAUUCUCAGACAAGGACCAGUCAGGAACACUAACACCCACACACACAUAUAUACUAACACACACACACACACACUCAAAGACGAGUGGAACAGCUGUCCGGAAGUGAAAUAAUGAUUUAUUUUUCAGCUGUUACUCAGAGAUUUAGAUAAAGAACUCGUAGCAUCUUCACUUCCAGUUUCUUCACUACACCAGCAGAUAUUCUGUGGAAUGUUUUUGCUUCUCUGCCGAAAUAUCAUUCAAUUAAAUUAAAUAACGGAUUCAACUGAAG